ACAAUAUUCAGCCAGUCACUGCUCAGACUACGCACGGGCAACAUUCGCGACGCGUGCUCGCGAAUUAUUUUCCCGCGAUUUAUUUAAAUAUCGAAAUUAAAUUAUACGUUCCAUUCCCGCUUUUCUGUAUGCGAAUUAUAGUACAAAUAUGCCUAAAAAGAAAUAGCUAAAUAUUAUUGUUAAUUGUUUUAUUGUUAAUCGCGAGUUUACCAGACUUUGAGGCUCCCGUUAAUAGAGUCGAUUUCGAUAAUAGAAUCUGUGAUAAUUGUUGUGAAACUUUUUUAUUCAGUGUUGUUAAACUUUUUAUUUCACUUGCAUAGUUUCGUGUAAUUUGAUUACGCGAAACGUUACAAUAAACGGUCUUUAUGAUAGGUCCAUAUAUGAAGUGUCAACAUUUUUAUCCCAAACAUUAUGAUUUACAAAUGGAUAUUAUGAUAAGAGUGAAGUGUUGUCAAGAAACUAAAAAUCCAAAGUGACGAAGUAGUGUGGUGUCUGUUCUGUUGCGUUCCGUUGUUUUUUACCUUUACUUUUAAACCUACUCUCCAAAAUGUCAGACAAGACGUCAUCAUCUGUUGGCCCUAGAAGUUUUGAGACAAUCUCUGAGGAGGAUGGCGAGUCGCCGUGGGAUAAAUUAUUGGGAGAUGUGAAUAGCGCUGUUCCAACUAUAAUUAAAACAAAUGCAUCGAGUGCAACGAUCUCGAGGAGUGGGGAUGAAGUUGCCGUUCCUUCCGUUGAUCUUGAAGCAAAUAAAUUAAUCAGAUCCAAGAGCCUUAAUCAACGCAGAAAUAGCAGUGGUCUCCUUAGCUCAAUUCCUCGGCAACUACGACUUUCCCUUCGAGGCGUGCGUAGUGAACCUUCCAGUGUCAAAGACAUUCCAACUACCAGAAAUGAUAGUGCCCUCAACCUUCUUCUUAGGUACCGCAAUGCCCGUUAUGCGGCGAGACGUGUUAGGAAGCGCGUGAUCUUUAAGCAUGGGGACUGCAAUGUCGUUCAAUGGAACGUAGCGAAGCGCAGGCGCCGAUACCUUCAGGACAUCUUCACGACCCUCGUGGACGCACAAUGGCGCUGGACGCUACUCGUGUUCGCUCUCUCAUUCAUCCUCUCUUGGCUCCUCUUUGCCCUUAUCUGGUGGUUGAUCAUCUUCACCCACGGUGACCUCAAUCCCCCUACAAAUAGCUCCGAAGUUUUCAUUCCUUGUCUAAAUAACGUGAAUUCCUUUACUGGCUGCUUCCUCUUCUCAGUAGAAACACAACACACUAUUGGAUACGGUUCCCGGACGACGAAUGAGGAAUGCCCAGAAGCGAUUUUUGUUAUGUGCCUACAGAGCAUCGUUGGCGUUUUCAUUCAAGCUUUCAUGGUGGGAAUCGUGUUUGCUAAGCUCUCUAGACCAAAAAAACGAGCUCAAACCCUGCUUUACUCCCGGAACGCUGUCAUUUGCCUACGAGAAGGUCAACUGUGUCUCAUGUUUCGAGUUGGUGAUAUGAGAAAAUCUCAUAUUGUUGAAGCACAUAUAAGAGCGCAAAUAAUCCGCCGCAAGGUGGGUCUAAUAUUCGCAAAGCUGGCGCGGGCCAAAAAGAGAAAUACAACGCUCCUCUUUUCAAGGAACGCGGUGAUAUGCCUUAGAGAUGGAGAGUACUGCCUCCUGUUUAGAGUCGGAGAUAUUCGGAAAUCACAUAUUUUGGAAGCGCAUGUUCGUGCCCAGCUAAUUCGGAAAAAGAUCACAAGAGAAGGGGAGAUGUUGCCAUUCUACCAGCAAGAGUUGAAGGUGGGGGCUGACGGAGAGGAAGACAGGCUAAUGUUUAUCUGGCCUAUGACCAUUGUGCACAAGAUCAAUGAGAAGUCACCUCUGUAUAACCUUUCUGCUUCCGACAUGCUGAGAGAAAGAUUUGAAAUAGUAGUCAUGUUAGAGGGAGUCAUCGAAUCAACCGGUAUGACAACGCAGGCUCGAAGCAGUUAUCUACCAUCAGAGAUCCAGUGGGGGCAUCGCUUUGAAACAAUGGUGUCAUUCCGAAAAGACACAGGAGAGUACGAGGUUGAUUACACCAGGUUUAACAACACGUACGAAGUGGAUACUCCACUAUGUUCCGCUAAGCAACUCGACGAGCUGCGGGCCACGGUUUCUACUUCGCAGAAAUUAGAUCGUAUGCUGGGCACAAUACCAAAGACCUUCUCCAACGACACACUAGACAUGAGUUCCGUCGACUCGAUGUCUCUGGACGAACACAUCGAGAUCAAGAUACCAGAAGCAAGAGUAAGGGAGAACAGGUUGAUGGCUCAGAAUAACUUCUUACAACACGUCAACGAGAAGACCAGGUACAGUCACACACACCUGGCGGUGGAGAACGGUCACGAAAACUACAUAAAAAACAACUCAGUAGUCGGCAUACCUGAUAGCAAAGAACAUCAUAUGCAUAGAAGCCAUAGCCAUGCGAGCAUGAAGAAGGUCCACGGUCUGACUCCCAAUGGCAUUAACCAUGCUAAUGGCAAUGACCAGAAAAUUGAGCAUAAUAAAAUUAAAAAAUCCCCGAGCGACAACCAAAUAGCAGAUCAGACUCCGAUAAUACCCAUCCUCGUGACGUCAGCCGACACCGACGCUUGACGCAGAGACAACCCGAGGAUAAGAACGCACGUCCGGUUCAGCGAGGUUGAAGUAGACAUGGUAUCGGAUACAAUACGGAUACGUAUUAACCAUAGACAAGAAUUAACUUAAAAAAUAAUAUAGUUCAAG